CCAAAGCAAGGAUAACCACAAGAAAAAAUCACAGCCCUUUUUGAAACCAUAUGCCUUUAAUAAAGAUGCCACUGUUGAGUGUACCAACGAAUGAAGAGAAAAUGCUCAGAAAGACAUGGUUUCGCAAAAAUACUGACCAAUGAAGAAGUUGAUGUGCUACAAAGUCUACACAAGGUCAGGUACGGAUAACGGCCUUGAACGAAGUAGAAGCCUUCGCUUAACGAGGGUACGUAUCUGGAAACAGUGGGUCACCGGUGACUUCAGAUGGGUUUAACUAAAAGAAUUGUAUCUCCAGCUGAUUUACGUCAGUGGACUUCUUCUAUCGCUUGUAAUGAGAUUCUUAACCUAAUAAAUAGUGUCAAUAGUAAAUUGGUCUCUCGUCCAAUCCAGGAUAAUUUGAAAUCUUCUAAGGUGUUUUGGAAGUUACUAUUAUAAAUGUAACUAUUUCAGGCCAUAAUGUUGAUUACCCACCUGAGGAGCAGCCGCAGAGAUUUGGAAAUAAAGCAUUUAGGCGAUGGUUUACAUGGCUACAAGAGAAUGCCAUUGAGAUUGGUUCAACUAUUUUUCAUGAUCAUGGUACCACAGAUUUCACUGAUCCACCAAUGUUAUACACCGAAGCAGUUGACGAAGUUUCUGGUUAUCUAGUCGAAUCAUUUGGAAAUUCAACACGUAUCGAUUACGGGACUGGUCAUGAAUUGGCUUUCUUAGCGUUUUUAACUUGUCUUUUCAAACUGAACAUUCUAAAAACACAAACUGAUUCUGGUGCAUCAACUAUAAAUGAUCUCCUAGCUGUUGGGCUUGUUGUAAUGCCAAAGUAUCUAGUAUUAGUUCGUCUGUUACAAACAACAUAUCGUAUGGAGCCUGCUGGCUCUCAUGGUGUAUGGUGUUUGGAUGAUUUUCAAUUUGUACCUUUCAUUUGGGGCAGUAAUCAAUUGAUUGGCAGUCAGCACAAUCCUACCGUGAUAACAGAUCGUGAUGUUGUUGAAUUGGAGAAAGAUAAAUACCUUUUAUUUUCAUGUAUUUCUUAUAUUCAUCAUUGUAAAACUGGUCCAUUUGAAGAACAUUCACAUACGUUGUAUGGAAUUAGUGAAGUACCGAAAUGGGAAAAAGUUAAUUCUGGUUUAAUUAAAAUGUAUAAAGGUGAAGUUUUAGAAAAAUUUCCAGUCGUUCAACAUUUUCUAUUCGGUAGUUUAUUAUCAUUUGAUAGAGUACAAAAUAGUAAACCUUUGGGUGGUAGUGGAAUAAAUAUUGGUGGAGGUUUUAGUCAACAAGGAUUUAUUCCUUCAAAUAUUGAUUCAUUUAUAAAACCGAUUUCAUCAACAAUCCAGCAAUCAAAUCAACACGAUGAAAAAUCGUAGAGUUACAAAUUAAAAGUUGAUGGAUUAUACAAUAAAUAUUAUUCUACAUAUAAUGAUAAACUCGACUUUUUUUUUCUCUAAUUAAGUCGUAAUCUUCUUCUUUUUUAUGGAUUGCUUAGCAAUUUUCGAUGAAUUUUAUCUUGUUCACAUAAUUGAUCAUGUAUAUAGAUGCUUGCAAUGACUAUAAUUUUCAACGUUGACUUUUUUGUUUCGUUCAUAAAUGGUUUCGUAAUACAAGUUUGAAAUUGGUCAUAGACAACGUAGGAUCUAACAUGAAUGUGUAUCAGCUCGAGCUGCUACACAUCAAAUGAGCACAAGUGAGAAAAUUAACAAAAUGAAAAGUAGAUGAAGAUAAAUAAUAUCAAUGUCCGAGUGAUGUCAUAGAAUGGAAGUAUAGAAUAACACUAAGCUUACUGAUUUUUUUAAAAGAUGAUAAAUACUGAAUACAACUGCGAUCGAUCUCAGGACAUACCACUUUAUGCCUUAAACUAUAGGUUACGAAUAAUUAUUCGUUCCAAUCCUGGGAUUCUGAAUCUCUCCACUCGGAUUAAACCAAUAGUUAGUGAUAAAUAUAUUUUUGUUAUAUCCCGAUGAAUAGAAAAAUUAUAUUUCUGACGUUUCGUGACUUAAUAUAGUUAGUUGUUUCACAGACUUAUAAUAUGUCCUGGUUUGGCUUCGGUUAGUGUGAUUUUACCAUAUUCGUGUAUUAACCAGCGUAUAUAUAUAACUCAUAAUGAUUCAUCAGUCACUCAAUGCCACCUUUCUAAGAUGUUUAUCUAAUUAGGGGAGUCUUAUUAGAACCUAUCUACUUGAUGCUGUUGAGAAGUUGGUGACCUUCAAAUAACAUAUGCUCUAUUCUAAUUUUUUUUCAUCACUGUUAAUCAUUCUCUCCAUCGACGUGAACACCCUCUAUGACGUUAGUUAUUAUUUUCCAAGAUUGACUUUAAUAUUCGCCAUUGAACUUCAGAGUUAUGAUUACUAUUUUAAAGUAUUGAUAACUAAUCAUCGAUACGUUUAAUUGGUUAUUUAAUCCAUAAACCUACCAUUGGGUAGACUUCUCGACCUUGAGUAUGCGGAUGAUAUUGUCUUACUAUGCGAUAAUGCCCAAGCCAUGCAAUCCGCACUUAAUCAGUUGACAAUCACUGUCCGUAGGUACGGUAUGUGCUUUGCACCUUCGAACUGCAAAGUACUUCUACAAGUAUCAUCAUCAUUUCAUUCUGUUGGAAAAAGCGGAGAGGUGGUCAGUGUAUGACAUGGUGUCGAAGUACGAAAGAAGGCUGUAAAGGGCUAGCCUGUGUUGGUCCUUGACGACUCCCUGGCUGGGGUCCGAGAGAUGGUGCAACACAGUGGCUAAAGACGUUAUCAGAUAUGGCUCAGAAUAGAAGCCAGUGGCGACCCUGCUGUAACCUUUUACUUUCUUCAUAAAAAGUGGUUGUAUCUUCCUAAACUGAAAUGAUUCUUCCGAUUGUACCUUUCCAUUUCCCCCAUUAUUAUUAUUAUUAUCAUUACUACACUUCUUUACACUGAUCUGGUCGUUGUUGCUCUUCAUUUUUUCUUUUGCACUCGUUACCUUUGUAUCCCUCCCCAUUCUCGUUGUUUUGUGUGGCGCAUAUAUAUUUGGUGUCCCCUUUUACCAAUAUUUAUGUGUUUGUAAUGUCGGCUAUUAUGUUAAGCCCAUAUACCUUAUUCUAGCCUACGGACAGCUCAAUCUAUUGAUUCUAGUUGAGUCACAUUCUGAACUUGUUAAUUAUUCGCUUAUCAACCUUGACUGUUUUUAUAUGAUCACGUAAGUUUGUGUACACUUCUUAUCCCAUUAUUCAUCACAUGUCUGUAACUUAUUUUUGUGUGACUAUAAAUGUUGAUUAACGCUUGGUUAAAGGGGGAGUUGGCUUACCAGCCAUCUCCACUGCCCGUCGUUUUGCUUUGUUCUAUUCCAUUCGCUUCAUAUACAAAAUAUAUGUAUCCAAAGGUCCAUUCUCGUUAUUUGACUUAUUUAAGUAGAUGAUUAUAUACGAGGAUAGGCGAUAACAAGCAUUUAUACGAUCUACUUGGAGUCAGAUCCCGGGCCACUAAAGUGGAGAGCCCGUCAACAAACAUCGUCCGAUCUAAAUUAUGACGAAAUACAGGGCCCCACAUGUUCAAAUAUAUAAAUAUAUUACACAAUUUACAAACGUGGGCAUAGUUAUUUAAUUUGUGAUAUACUGCUAAGUGUAAACUGUAAUAAAGUAUUCCAAACAAAUAAAGUAAGAAUAAUGUUAAAAGAUGAAUUGUCAAUCAGUAACGGAUAAUUUCAAUGGUUGAGACCAUGAGUCAAUGGAAACUAGACCAUCAUUGAAACCUGGCUCCAAGAGGUAUUUCCUGAAGUUCUAGUGAGACGCAGUGACCUAUGAAGUUCAACUGGGUCUAUUGUGAGAUAGUAACUCAAUGAAGACAAUGGUGGAUGUGUCGCUCAAUUUCGUGAAUUAGUUGGAGUUAGACAAUAACACCGUUGGAUGCCGGCCCAGUGGUCCUAUGGGUAAGCGCCCGCGCGCAAGACUGAUAGAUCCUGGGUUCGGAUCUCGCGAGGCGGGAUCAUGGAUGCUCACUACUGAGGAGUACCAUACUAGGACGAAACGGUCGUCCAGUGCUUCCAGGUUUUCCAUGGUGGUCUAGCUUCAAUUGACUCAUGAUCUCAAUCACUUAAAUUACUAUAAUAUUCACAAAAACCCUUCUGAUAUGAAGCAACGAACAAAUUGUGUGAAAUGUGCAAAUGUUUAUGGACUAAAGUUUUGAAUGGGUAUUCUUAUUAUAAAUGCUUGAGGUGAUAGUUCUAGAAUAUUAAGAUGAUUUUAUUACGCAAUGUGAUGGAAUUUUUAGAAACUUGGAAAAACAAGCAUAUGAGUUUAACUUAAUAGAUCGUGAUUACCAGUAAUCGAAGUAAAGCGAGGUCUAAAUGUCAUCAAAACAACAGAAGAUUAACUACUAACAUUUCGGAUACAAAAGUCAGGUAUAAGCCCUUAAACUGUUAUACCUUCUAGGAGUUUUAGCAACGUGGAGUUGGGUUGUCUACUGAUAACCUUGAACGAAUUCAUUUGAAUAACGUUAUGCCUGUUAAACUAGUAGGCGGUGUACUACUGGACUUUGUAAACAAUUUUCCCAGUCAUGUUUUUUUUAAGUACGCUCAUUAAAAUGAGAAAACCGUUUUCCUGUCCUUCAUGUUUCGUGUAAAUUAUUAUGCAGUUGCAGGCAAAAUAUGACUGAUAUUCAUCUGGUUUUGUUUGUGUUAUUAAGCACAGGAUUGUGUAAAGUGAGAUCUACUUCGCAGCAGAGAAUGUGUUUCUCAAAACUGCUUUUAGUAUUUUAUGGAUUUUCCCGAUUAUUUGGUCACCUUCGAAUGACGGUCGGACAGAAACUUUCUUGUCUUCGGGAUUUUUUCUCCAUGGAUGUUUUCGGGUUUGUAUUAUUUCGUUUUACUUUGGUGUUAGGCGCUACAUUUCUUUAUAAUUGAUUGAGGGUAUCCAUUUUCGCACAAAUAAUUAUUUGCGGAAACACACUGGAUCUUGUUUAGUGAACAUGAAUAUUUGUCUAGAAAGCAUUCAUCUACUGACAUUUUUAAUCAGUAGCUCAAGUUUUUCGUAUCAUUUUUCACUAUUCAUUUGGUGAUGGCUAAGGAUUCGUUAUGCAUGGAAAUUUCCCAUUGUAUAUACCUUCCCAGUCAUGAGUUGAAGUUAAACUACAACAGAUUAUUAGAAAGAAAUUCUCCAAUACUUUUCUUUGUUCAAGUUUACUACCUAACUUAGUUUCUGCAAUAUUUUGUCAAACUAUAUUGACUGAUCAGUGAUUGAUAACCAGUCUCGGUUGCUGACCGAUUGCAAUCGUUUAUAUUUUAAGUGGUAAAACUCUAUAGAUCUGGUUUUAUUAGUUCCGGCAGAGAGUAAGAGUGUGGCAAAGGGUUGUCUUUUUUUGUAGAUUGACUACAUGAAUUAGAGAUUAGGUGUAUAUGUAAAUACAGCUAAAUGUAACAUAAUUUCUCUAACUACUUCUGCGAGCGUGUAAGUGUACUUGAAAAACAAUCGUCUGUCAAUAUCGAAUAUUCUAGUUUUUUUAGUGGUUUGGCUAAGAUGUGCAGUUUACAGUUGAGUUAAGUGCUAUGAAUCCGGUGUUUGUCUUGCUGUGCUAAUGUGGUGUGGCAACCUGGACCGAUGCUUGUAUGUGCCUGGUCCUACUUUGCAACUGACUGACUAUUUAAUAAUUUAUAUUUAAUGCCUAGCGACGGUGUUGUCUUAGGUCUAUCCGUGAUAUAAACUACAAAAGAUAAUGAUUGAGAUCAUGGACCGAUCCCGUUCGUGGACUUGUGGAUGCGCACUGCUGAGGAGUCCCACAAUAGGCGAAACGGCCGUCCAGUGCUUCCAGGUUCUUUCAAUGGUGGUCUAACAUCAGUCGUUUUAUGAUCCCAAUCAAAAUCUUAAUUAUCCCCAUAACCCCAUACUCAUAGAAAAGAUGAGUUUCCGUUCAAUGUUUUGGGACAAAGCUUGCUUUAUCGAUCAUGGAAAAAAAUGAACCAGUAAUGUUCAUAACUUUUUAAUAGUUAAACAUUUUGGAGAAAGAAAAGAAAAUUGUUUGAAUGAUGAAAUAAUUUAUAAAACUUUUAUUUAUCUCGAUUAGAAAGGGUUUGAAUAAGGUAAUUAUAGUCAGUCAGUCAGCUACAACGUAGGACCAGGCACAUAUGUGCAUCGGUCCAGGUUGCCAUACCGCAUCGGCACAACAAGAUGAACACCGGAUUCAUAGCAGUGGUUAGGUCAAAGGUGGUAAUAAAUAAGAGGAAGAUUGCAUAUAGAUAUAGAGAUAUAACGAUCAAAUUAAACAUUUAUAGCAGAUUAAAGACAUAUAGACCAAUGGUUAUGUAAUUGUAUCAUAUCUAAUCAAAGAAUUAGUAAACUAUUCCGAUAACAUAUCCAUUUAAUAAUAAUUACGCAACAAUUAAUCGAUGUAUUUUAGAAACAUUUUGUAAAGAACUUCUGUUAUUUCCCACUCUGUAGUGUUGUGUGUCAAUAAUAAUGGUAAAGAGAGUCAGUGUACAAAGUCAUUUUACUUGAAUAUUUGAAUGAGAAUCUUCACUUUAUUUAUAUUCGUAAUUUUUAGACUAUCAAAAUAAUUCAUAUCAGAAGGGUUUUGUGGAUAUUAUGGUAAGUUCAGUGGUUGAGAUUAUGAGUCAAUUGAAGAAUAGACCACCAUGGGAAACCUGGAAGCACUGAACGGCCGUUUCGUCCUAUUGUGGGACUCAUGAUCUCAAUCAUUGAAAUUAUCAUAAUAUCCACAAAACCCCUUCUGAUAAUGAUCAACAUAUGCUCACUAGUGACUGGCUUGAAAAGCUAUUUCCUGGAGUUCUAGUGAGAAGCAGUGAUCAGUGGAGUUCAACCAGGUUUGUUGUGAGAUAGUAACUCACUGAAGACAAUGGUGGAUGUGUCGCUCAAUUUUGUGAAUUAAUUGAAGUUAGACAUUAACACUGUUGGAUGCCGGCUCAGGUGGGCGGGAUAAGGGAUGCGCACUGCUGAGUUGUCCUGUGCUAGGAUGAAACGGCCAUCUAGUGCUUCCAGGUUUUCCAUGGUGGUGGUCUAGCUUCAAUCGACUCAUGAUUUCAACCAAUGAAAUCAUCAAAAUAAUUCCUCAUCAAGUUGAAUUAUUUUAUUGCUGGAUACAAACCAACAGACUGUAGUGUGAGUUACUAUGUUAAGCCCACAUAGCUUAUUCUAGCUUUCGGUUAGACCAAUUUAUCCGUUCUUCUUGAGUCACGUUUUAACCUUGUUAAUUAUUCACUUAUCGACCUUGACUGUUUUUAUAUGGGCAUAUAUGUGUGUACACUUCUUAUCCUAUUCGUUAUAUGUCUGUAACUUAUUUUUAUCUGGCUAUAAAUAUUGAUCAACGCUUGAUUAAAUGAAGUUGGCUCACAUGCCUUCUCCACUGCGUGACAUUUCACUUAGCUCUCUUCUAUUCGUUUCGUCCCUCUGAUUGUCUGUUCAAAUCAAUGAUUGUACAAAAUAUACAUAUUAUCGUAUUUGACUUAUUUAAUUCCGUUAUUCACCAACGCGGAUUAAUUCGAUAACUAUUCACGAGAAUAGUCAGGCUGUAUAUUUCAACAGCAAUCAUUCAAUAGUGAUCAACAUUAUGAUCUAAUUGAAUUCAGAUCCCGGAGCCACAAAAAGACCAUCCAGAUGACUAAAUCAAAUAAAGAAUAACGGCUAUUUAAAGGAGUUCUCUUUAGAAAACUUUUUUUCUAAAGAAAACUGUAUUAGAAAUUCCAUAGGUUGAAAUAAUGAGUCGAUUGAAGCUAGACCACCAUGGAAAACCUGGAAGCACUGGACGGCCGUUUCGUCCUAGCAUGGGACUCCUUAGCAGCGCGCAUCCACGACCCCGCACCUCGCGGAAUUCGGACCCAGGACCUACUGGCUUCGCGCGCGAGCACUUAACCACUAGACCACUGAGCUAUCAUCCAACGGUGUUAAUGUCUAAAUUCAACCAAUCCACGAAGUUGCGCCACCGUACACCUGUAUUAUUUUUCAUGAAAAUAAGUAAUCAAUAUGAUGAUCACAUUUGAAAGGUGCAUUCUAAAUUGAAUUGGCUUGUGAUUGAGAUCAUGAAGUGAUUGAAUUGGUUUCACUCAUUAUUGGGUAUGGAUCGAUCAAAGACAUUAAAAAUUGUUUUUAAUUGUUUCACAAAUAUAAAAAUUCAUUUAAAACAGAAAUAAAAUAAAAAAAAUAAUCAGAUCACUUUGAUAUUUCUAUUGUCCUUAAUC